AUGCUUGAUGGCCCAUACCAAGCAGCACGGAUGCAGCUGAGGAAGAGGGGACACCCCACAGUAAACAUUGAGCUGGACCUCACAGACCCCUUCGUGCACAAGGCUGUGAGACCCAGCGAGGUGAUAGGCGAGGGGGCAGCAGUGCUGAAGGCGUGGGAGAGUGGGCUGGGCGAGUACCAUCCGCUCAGGCUUCUCUUAGUUGACUGGCUGCUGCUACAGGACCCUCUUGCGUCUUGUGAUGAAACCCUACUGCCAGGCCAGCACAUGCCAGGGCUGGGGGUUGCGAUCGAAUUUGGCAACUUGCUGUAUCGCAUGGCACAGGAGGGCGAGUUUGAUGCGGUGGUGAAUCGCCCCCUGCAUUUCCACAAUGCCGUCAUGUACGCCCCCACUGGCAACCGUUUCCUCAACCCACAGGUGGAGGCUCGGUUUCGAGUGCUGGUUCGGGACAUGGAGGCGGAUGUACUGGCAAAGUCGCUUGCUGACGUGUCACACACUAUUCAGUGUGCUGGGUUGCGACUCGCUCGCUCAGCCACCGAUGAUUCAACCAGCACCACGCUAGAUACCACCUCCCCCAGCAGCACCUCAUUGGAUACCAGCCCCAGCACCACCCCAGAUACAACCUCUCCCAGCAGCACCUCAGAUACCACCUCCCCCAGCAGCCACGCCGUGAGAGUCAUCACCUGGACAGCAGAGGAACAGGCCAACCCUGUGUCAGAGAG